AUGAGCAUGCCAGUGAGAGCAGAAAAUGCGAUUCGAGGCAGAGAUUUCUAUAAAGCCACUCUGACGGAUGACGGUAUAUUGAUCACCUCACAUGGGCACGUUCGCAGCGGUAGCUAUUCUGAUUACGACCGACAUUACCAUUCGACAAACGCCAGUUCCACUAGUUUGCAGAGCAUCCAAAGCAACAACACUUUUCUGGAAACCGCGUCUUUGGUAAGUUGUGUUACUUGCUUGAGCGACACAGACAACAAUGAUAGACUGCUGAGGGCAGCUAAUGUGUCCCAGGAGCAGAUCAGACAGCAAAAUGGGCAAUUAUCGGCCAAUACGGUCAUUCCGUUCAGUAGAAUCCUCAAUGCCACAUAUCUAACCAGUACUCAUAACGACUCCUCACCAGGUUUGGAUUCCGUUGGAAAUGAUAGUGAUCGCCUGACUAAAGGUACUGAUCUUAGUAACAACAGCAAGAGUGGCACUAACCAUGAUCUCGAGGACGGUGAUGGCGAUGCUGAUGACCUCGAUGACGUUGAUAUUUCACCGCUAGUUGGACACUCUUCAUUUUCGAACGCCUCGCAGAUUGAUUCAAAGAAUAACAAAGACUUCCCUCUUGUGGAAAUAACUCUGGCUAAACCGAGGAGACAUGACAUAGUACCUAAGAGACUGAUCCUUUCCCUAAAUCAGCAAUCGAAGAUUCCGAUAAAAUCAGAUAUCGUUGAAGAAAUUCUCUCAAAGAGUUACCAAAAUAUCAAGAGAGAAAGGUCUAUAUUGGUUAUAAUUAAUCCUCAUGGUGGUAAAGGAAAUGCAAAAAAAUUAUUCAUGUCAAAAUGUAAGCCAAUUCUAUUAGCAAGUAAGUGUUCGAUAGACAUGGCUUAUACGAAAUACUCUGGACAUGCUACGGAUAUAGCUCGUACCCUUGAUAUCGAUAAGUAUGAUACAAUUGCUUGCGCAUCAGGCGAUGGAAUUCCAUAUGAGGUUAUAAAUGGUUUAUUUCAAAGACCCGAUAGGGUUGAUGCUUUCAAUAAAGUGGCUGUUACGCAGCUGCCGUGUGGCUCAGGUAACGCAAUGAGUGUUUCUUGUCAUUGGACAAGUAAUCCUUCGUAUGCGGCUCUUUGUUUAGUCAAAUCUAUUGAAUCGAGAAUAGAUCUAAUGUGCUGUUCUCAACAAUCGUACUAUGCCAGUUUUCCAAGAUUAUCAUUUUUGAGUCAAACUUAUGGUGUUAUCGCUGAGUCUGAUAUUAAUACAGAAUUCAUUAGAUGGAUGGGACCAGCAAGAUUCGAAUUAGGUGUCGCAUUUAAUGUUUUACAAAGGAAAAAAUAUCCAUGUGAUAUCUACGUUAAAUAUGCUGCGAAGUCAAAAAAUGAGCUGAAAAUUCACUACUUAGCUUAUAAAAACCGUGAUGACACUAAUGACAAUAAUGAAAAUGAUAUUGAAAAUGAUAUUGAAAAUGGAAACAGGGAUGGAAGUGGAACUGGGAGCGAAGGUAGCAGUAAAAAGAGAAUGGUAACAGAAAUGGAUUUCAAGUUGAAAUAUCCACUCGAUAAUGGAAUCCCUCAGGAUUGGGAAAAAAUAGAUCCAAGUAUCACCGAUAACUUGGGAAUCUUUUAUACCGGUAAAAUGCCGUAUAUUGCUGCUGAUACAAAAUUUUUCCCUGCUGCAUUACCUUCCGACGGAGCUAUGGAUCUUGUUAUAACAGAUGCGAGGACACCAGUAACACGAAUGGCCCCAAUUUUACUUGGCCUCGAUAGAGGCUCUCAUGUUUUACAACCGGAAGUUAUUCAUUCUAAAAUCGUCGCUUAUAAACUGAUACCGAAAAUAACAAGUAGUUUAUUCUCAGUCGAUGGGGAAAAAUUUCCAUUAGAACCAAUGCAAGUUGAAAUUUUGCCUGGUUUAUGUAAAACUUUACUAAGGAAUGGUUCUUUUGUUGAUACAGAAUUUGAUUCUAUUUGA